AUUUCCUGCACCUGCGCGUUCACGAGCUCCGCCCACGCGAAACUCGAGUGUAGUGAGGAGAUGUUGUUACUCAUGCCGGAUGGACUGAUGAAACACCUCACAAACACUUCAGCUUUUCCCUGUCACUUUACACCGAUACCAGACGACGACAACAACAACAACACACGAGUGGACGGUUGACGUGAAGUUGUUUUGUCAGUGAUGGAGGUGAAGGGCUGCAGGUCAGAGGUGGAAGUGUUCAGGAGGUCUCCAGUUGAGACGGUGCCCAGGAGGCAUUCAGUGUCUGUCAAAUAUUCUCCAUCUUCACAAAACCUUCAGAUGUCAACACCUCGCUCCUCGCUUCCUCUGAGUAUCAGAAACUCACACAGCGUUUCGUCUAAAGGGGAAUUUCGAGCUUCAUCUGCUCCUUUGAUUCCCAAUCCGUUUCCGGAGCUCUGCAGUCCGACACAGUCUCCAGUGCUGACCGGCUCUCUGGGCGUCAGGGAUCCUCCAUCUGACAGCAGCACACAUGUGGUUCGGGUUUUCAGCGAUGCCACACACAGCCGUUCAGUCCUGGUUUCCUCCAGAGCGACAGCACAUGAUGUCUGUCAGAUGCUGGCUCAGAGCGCACACUGCACAGAUGAGGAAAGCUGGGCUCUCAUUGAACAUCAUACUGCUUUAGGCCUGGAGCGCUGUCUUGAAGACCACGAGCUUGUGCUGCAGGUUCAGUCCUCCUGGCCUGUAGAGGGCGACACUAAGCUGCUCUUCCGCAAAAACUACGCCAAGUACGAGUUCUUCAAGAAACCUGUGUCAUUUUUCCCAGAGCACAUGAUCUCCGACAGCGCUGAUGUCACUAAAGGCAUGACAUCAUCAGAGCUGGUCCAGAAUAUGGUGAAGAGCGGCUCCUGUCCGGAGAUUCAGGGCUUUCUGCAUGUGAGAGAGGGUGGAAAGAAAUCCUGGAAGAAGCUGUACUUUGUUUUGCGGCGGUCUGGGCUGUACUGCUCCAGCAAAGGACAGUCGAAGGAACCUCGGCACCUGCAGUUUACUGGAGAUCUGGAAGAUCUGAAUGUGUUUACAGUGUUCAAUGGCCGGAAACAUUACGGGGCACCAGGAGAGCACAUCUUCUGCAUUAAGUCUUCAAAAGAGCGGUUUCGCAGUCAGGAUUUGAAGCUGAUGUGUGCCGACAGUGAGCAGAGUCGAACGUGCUGGAUCACGGCCUUCAGAUUGUUUAAGCAUGGGACACAACUUCAGCAGAACUACCAGCUCUCCCAGUCCAGACUUCACAAGUCAUCCAAAUCAGACCCCAAGUUCACAGACCGGGACGAGUCGAUGGUGGCCAUGGAUUUUUCAGGGAAGAAUGGUGGUCGAGUGAUUCAGAAUCCACACGAGGCCCACAAUGCAGAGCAGGAGGAAGGACACAGCUGGAGGAAAAGAGAAGCUUUGCGUCACAGUUUACCCCCCAACAGCCAUGGCUCACAGCUGCCCUCGGUUCACCGGGUCCAGCCGUGGUUUCAUGGGGGUGUGUCUCGAACUAAAGCUGAAAGGCUAUUGGAAGAGCAGGGAGGAGUGGACGGGAUGUAUUUGAUUCGUGACAGUCAGCUUCACGUGCAGUGCUUUGUGCUUUCAUUGUGGCAUGAACUCAAGACAAAACACUACCUCAUCAUUCCUUUGGAGAAGGGUGACAGGCAGUACUUCACUAUGGAUGAUGGAGUCACACUGUUCUCAGACCUGCUUCAAUUGGUGGAGUUUCACCAGAUCAACCGCGGUACUUUACCCGUGUGUCUCAAACACCCCUGCACAUGCAUAGCUCUCUGACCAUUCACCUCAAAACCUGAACCUAAGUGACCAUGCACCUUUACGGCUUUCAGUUUACUCCCGCUGGAUGUCAGGACAUUCACACUAAAGCAAAAACAAGUUAUAUUUAUAUUAGAUGUAGUAAUAAUGUGCUCUAGCAGAGUUUAGUCUUCAGUCCUGCUUAUAAAAUUAAAAGUACUUCUGUUUACUUCAGUCAUCGUUCUGUCUGGAUCACAGAAUGUUAUUCUGCUGUUUUUUUUUCACCACUAGGAGGCGCAAUUAAUCUAUGCAUAGCUUUACAUGCAGAAGCCACCAUUCAGCAAAUACGAGGCAUUCAGGGAUAUAUAAAUGUAUACAGUUGAAGUCAAAAUUAUUAGCUCUUCUGUGAUUUAUUUAUUUAUUUAUUUAUUUUUUAAUAAUAUUUCCCGAAUGAUGUUUAACAGCGCAAGGAUUUUUUUCACAGUAUUUCCUAUAAUAUUUUUUCUUCUGGAGAAAGUCUUAUGUUUUAUUUCGGCUAGAAUAAAAGCAGUUUUUAAUUUCGUAAAAGCCUUUUAAGGUUAAUAUUAUUACCUCCUUAAGCAAUAUUUGUUUUCGAUUGUCUACAGAACAAACCAUCAUUAUAUACACUCACCGGCCACUUUAUUAGGUACACCUGUCAAACUGCUCGUUAACUCAAUGCAACUCAGCAACUCAAUACAUUUAGGCAUGUAGACAUGGUCAAGAUGAU